AUACUACAGCCGGCCAUGGUCUAUGAUAGAUUCUCUUGAGCUGUAAGGUUUUCGUUUUAGAUGUCGUUGCUGGCCGAUGACUUUCGUGACGCAGGAUCAUACGAUGCAAGUGCGCGCUCUGAUUGGACGAUUCACUAGUCGUACGAUCGCAUGUGCUGCGAAACGCACAUUCGUAUUCGCAUUUUGACAAGCGCAUCUGGCCGCUCCGAAAAGUGUUUGCAUGGGAUUUUUGCAAAUUUGCCUAUCGUAAAAUAGCGUGUCGUACUUUCGAUCGGCAUGCCAUGCUUGUGAACACGUAAACAAUUGUGCCUCGUCUCCUGCAUAAUAUUUUAGAAUCAGUGGCAAAAUGAACGACGACACCUGGGCCUCGGUCCAGGAGAGUGAUUUCUCUGACUUCACGAAUGAAAAUCUUUACCUCAACGAAAUGCCCAUCCUCCACGAUUUCAUUUCCAAGGAAUUGAUGGAAAAUGGGCACUCAAUGGAUCAAAUGCUGUCAGAAUUUGAUGGCUCUAUUGAUACCUUGGCUAUGGGUGGAAAUGAUUUAGAUUUUAACAGUUUUUUAAAAUCUGAUGACAUGAAAGACUCUCCUUACCUUCCAGUUCCUAAUUCAAAGCAAAUCAACCCUUCUUCUGUCAUGCUUGGUAAUCAAUUAUCUCAAAUUCCUUGCCAAAGUCCAAUGGAUCAUACUGUACCAAUACAACAAGGACAAGAACAAUUGCAUCCUCUCCAGUCACAAAUUUCACAAAUUCAACAGCAACCUUCUCCAAUGCAAACGCAACCUUCUCUGAUGCAAUCACAAUCACCUCUUAUGCAAUCGCAAUCAUCACUGAUGCAAUCUCAAUCUUCUCCAAUGCAAUCGCAACCAUCUCCAAUGCAAUCACAGCCCUCUCCAAUGCAAUCACAACCUUCUCCGAUACAAUCUCAACCUUCUCCGAUGCAAUUACAAGCAGGACCAAUCCAGUCACAGAAUUCUUCAAUUCAAUCACAAAGUACAGUUUUUGGGCAACAUUACACCAUUGCUCAAAAUGUUAAUUUUAAUGUUCCACCGGUUGUUGCAUUGGCACCAGUAUCUACACAAUCAAGGCAGUUACUACUGCCUGCAAAGUUAAUAAAGUCAGAGCCUGUUGUUUACUCUGGAGCUUCACAAAAUGUAAAUGGAAAGCAGGUUCAACACCAAAUUCAUACUUUAGUUAAUACUGGAAAUGGCACUGUACUUGCUACUGGAAUUCCUCUCGUUUUGGAUACAGAUAAGGUGCAGAUAAGCAGGAUUAAUACAAAUACAAGUUCUUCUCCUCCCAAAGUUAAAGAAGUUAAACGCAGUGCUCACAAUGCAAUAGAGCGUAGAUAUCGAACAUCGAUUAAUGACAAAAUAAUCGAACUUAAAAAUAUGGUAGUAGGAGUUGAUGCUAAGCUAAAUAAAUCAGCUAUUCUGAGGAAAACCAUUGAUUACAUAAGGUUUUUACAAAACUCCAAUGCAAAAUUGAAAGCAGAAAAUAUGUCAUUGAAAAUGUCUUCACGUCACAAUCUUCGUGAAUUACUUGCUUGUGGCGAACUAACUCCUCCACGGUCAGAUAUCAGUGAGCCAUCACUUUCUCCAGACCCUAAUCCGCUGUCUCCGCCAUCUCCUACAAUAUCUUCAGCGGUCAAAGAUGAGCCUGAAAUGAAGAUGCAUAGACUUCCUAAAAUUUUAUCUAAAGGAACAGGCAUUGGAGAUCAAGCUAGACUUACUUUGUGUGCGUUUUUGUUUGUGGUUUUGGCUUUUAAUCCAGUUGGAGUUGCCAUAAACAAGGCUCAUCACUUUGUCUACAGAGGUCAAAUACCUCAUUACGAUGGUGGAAGGUCAUUAACGUCGAUUGAAGAUCACAAUGAUAACAAAAUUUGGAGCAAUAUGAUAAUAUUAUUGACAAAUAUGUUCCUCUUCAUUUAUGGACUGUGUCGGAUACUUUUGCACAGUGAUCCGAUUCUCAUAGACGAGGGUAAGCCAACAAUCGAGUUACAUCGCUGGCGACGUCAGGCUGAAUUUAAUUUGUCCAAGGAUAACUUUGAGCAAGCAGAUCGUGAUUUAAAUCAAUGUUUAAAAUUCUUUUUACGUCAAUUGCCUCUUACCCGAAUGGAAGUACUUGGUGUUACUGUUUGGCAGCUAUUUCGUCAGAUGCUCAAUCGUAUCUACGUAACUCGCUUCAUUCUUUACUUUGACAGCAGAUUUGCACCGUCUAAUCGAAAGCAGGCCGAAGUAUCGGCUAUGGAAAUGGCUAUAAUUUAUCAACAUAUACUGUGCCUAAAACUCGUGCGGCGCAGCAAAGAAUCAACGAUGUAUCUCGCUCUCACGGCACUUAAUUAUGCCGAAGCUGCUGGUGAUACUAUGCCGAAGGCUUUGCUUGCAGAGAUUUAUGUAAAUGUUGCUUUGAGCUUUAAACAAUCUAUGUUUCCACUUGUCCACAAAUUCUACUUCAGCAAAGCUCGAACUUUAUUAACUACCUGCAUUGUACCUCAAAAACUUAAGUGGUUGAACGAUGAAGACGGCAUGAAAUUCAUCAUGAGUCAAAAGUUGACUUACGAGUUGAAAGGUGACAACGAUUUUACCCUGCAAAAUAGUAAAUCAGAACCACUUGCAUUUGCAGCUAGAGUGUACAGAGAACAUCUCAUAGCUCAAGGAUUAAAAUUGUUAGCUGGUACCGUCGGUUAUGCUCAUGCUUCCGGAUUAUUAGAUAUUUCAAACAAAAUCAUGACAGCUGCUCAAAUUGAUCUUUGCUAUGGUAGCUCUGAUAAAAUAGGAGUUAUCAAAGUGGAAGAUAAAGUUGGCUUGUGGUGGGGCGCUGUUAUGUGUGUAGCGGCAAACGUCCGUUUAGGAGAAGACGAUUCUGAAGCGUGGAAUAUUGUUGAAAACAAAUUCCCAUUUGAAAAAAGCUCUGUCAACAAUAAUCCUUUACCUUUUGCUGUAUUAAUACUCUUACAAUCUAUGAAAAAUCAAUUAAAGCCGUCAACUAAUCGUAUGGUGGAUCAAGCUAGUACUUUCCUUGAACAUUCGACUGUUUAUAAUGACUGCAAAGAACAAUCAUCUCAAAAUGUGUUGCUAACUCAGUUGUGGGUGUGCGAUUGGCUACUUGAAAUAAGAACUUCUUUAUGGGAGAAACAACAUAGUAGCAUGAAUCAAAAAGAAGUUAACUCUGCUCUUGUCGGCUUUCAACGAGACCUAGCAUGUAUGCGGAAGCUUUGUCAACACUUACCGUCUGUAUUACCUAGAGUAUUUCUUUACGAAGCAACAACCAGAAUUAUGGCCGGCGCAACUCCAGUAAAAACCCAAAUUCUUCUCGAUCGUAGUUUACAUCAUCGCAAUUCACGAUCCUCGAUUAUUUGCGGCAAAGACCGAUCUCACGAACACGGUGGUGGAGACCGUGAACACGCUGCUGCCUUAUGUUUGGCCUGCAGACAUUUACCAGUUUUGUUACUCGCUUCACCGGGUGAACGGGCUGGUAUGCUUACCGAGGCAGCCAAAACUUUAGAAAGACUAGGGGACCGUAAGCGUCUGCAAGAGUGUUACGAGCUCAUCAAACAACUCACACCUGCCAUCUCAUCUAAUUGAGAUGAUGGAUUACUUCAACUGCGAGCGAUUGAGGAUUAAAAAAGUGAGCUGAAACGAGUCCUUCAGAUUUUACCAGUAGUUUUACUUUUUGUUUUAAAUUAGUGAUAAUUCUGACUGAUUGUACAUAAGUUUAAAGUCUUUUAUAACUAUUUCAAAGAAUCAAUCGUAAGGGAAUCCUGUGUAACAAGUGAGUUUUUCGAACCCGUCUUUGAGAUUUAUAUAAAAAACAUUCUUAAAAGGUGUUAUGAUGUUCUUUUUUGAUUUCGUUUCUCAAGGUCAUCAUAUAACCUUUUAUAAAUAACUUGAUACAAAGUUUAGUUAACACGUUUGGAAAUUUUCCUAACUAUCCGCUUAUAUAUUUAUCAAACUUCACUUUAAGUUUCAAAUACAUAAGCUUACAAUACACGUUAGUACUAAGUCUUUCUAUAGCUUAUUUAUUUCUGGUGAUAUAAAUUUUUUAUUUUAUUUUACUAUAAAAAUGUUAUAUAUUUAACUAAAUUUUAAUAUU